AUGGAAAAGUAAUUAGAAAAAUUAGACGACAUAAUAAAUGAUGAAAGUCUAACCAAUAUACCCACAAAAAAGCCCUAAAUAGAUUAACCAAUAAAUAUAAAAAUAACAAACCAAAUCGAAGACGCAGCAUGGUUUGACGUAGAAGAUUCUAAAAUAGAAAUCGAUAUCACAAAAGUUGCGAGAUUACGAAAACUACGUAAAACUGAAGAAGAAAAAACUAUAACCGGCCAAGAAUAUUAAACCCGUCUAAAAUAAUUUUACAACGAUAAAUUAAAAACCACAAAUUUCUACGGUUGGGCAUUUGAUGAUGAAUAAAACUAAAUCCAUUAACAAUCCGUAAUUUAAGACAACGAAUAUGAUAAUAACCCAAACUAAAUAUUAGAUAAAAUGCUCCAAACACAAUAUUCUGUUUACACUGAUAACUACAAACCCUAAAAUCUUCUAAACGAAAUAGUCGAUAUAGAAAGAAUAGGAUAAAUUCCAAUCAAGGAUAAACACAACGCAGUUAUCCAAGAUAUAGAUUUUCACACUAAUAAUCUAGUUUUUUUCACUUCUGGAUUAGAUUAAUUAAUCAAAAUUUUCACUAUAAGAGAAAAUAAACCUGCUUUUAGGGAUAAUAUUAAACUUUUAAAAUAAGUUUAUGUAGAAAACUUUCCUAUAUCUACAGCCUAAUUUCUUCUUUAAAAAAAUUAAAUUUUACUCGCAAGUUAAAAUAAAAGACACCUCCUAUAUUAUGACUUAGUUUCUGAUAAAGUCGAAAAAAUAUCCUCUCAUUUAUUUACUUAAAGAUUUUCAUCCAAAAUCGACAAAUUCGUAAUUUCUCCAGACCAAAACUACAUCGCAGUUUAUAGUUCAGAGGGCUAUAUUAUGAUUCUUAAUGCUCAUACUAAAUAAUUCUUAUUUGAAUUUAAAAUGAAUGAAGAAUGUAAAUCUCUUUGCUUUUCCUUUGAUAGUAAAUUCCUCUUUUCAGGAGGAAAAACUAACAAAAUAUACUAAUGGGAUCUUUCUAAAAGAAGUAUUUUUGAUGUAUUUCUUAAUGAAGGAAGUUAAUGUACUAAUAAUAUAAAAAUGUCUUCAAACGGAGGUUUUUUUGCAGCUUCUUCCGAUAGUGGAGUUGUGAAUGUAUUUGAAUACGAAAAAAAUACAAACAAAAUGAAAAAGGAAGUUAUUAAAGAAAUAUAAAACCUCACUACAUCAAUUGAUAAUCUUUCAUUUAAUUCAUAAAAUGAAAUUCUUCUUUGUGCUUCGAAAUGGAAAAUAAAUGCUAUUAGAUUAGUUCAUGUACCCUCUUUUACAGUAUUUGCUAAUUGGCCUAAUUUCAAAACUUAGGUUAAGCUUAUUAGUGCCUGCAAAUUUAGUCAUAAUGGAAAAUAUCUUGCUAUAGGUAAUGAUGCUGGGCUUACUCAUAUUUAUAAUUUUAAGCAUUAUAAUUGA